CGUAGCUCCUCCCUCUCUACAGACUUCAGCGGAGAGUCCGACAUCAAACCGAGCUCUACCUCACAGGCCCGGGGGUCGCCAAGAUGUGGAGCGCACUGUCUAUGAUCUCAAUUCUGUCCACUUUACAUUUCACCUUCAGUGAAAUACAAAUCAACGGAAUACCUGAGCCAUACGAUCUGCUUUUUGACAAUGCAGUGGAGGCGUAUUAUAAGCAGGACUGGCUGGCUGUGAUUCUGAAUAUGGAAAGAGCUUUGCGGAAUAAAGCUGCGGUGCGUAAAGCCCAGACGCACUGCCGCUUAUCCUGCGCAAAUCAGAGCGAUUUCGGGGAGCCGUUUCCAGGUGUCGGUUCACCGAUCCCAGGAAGCGGGCCCGUGGAGGAUUUAGCGUUUUUCCAGAGGGUUUUACAACGGGCCGAAUGUGUGAAUGCAUGCGAAAGGGAAAAACUGGGACCGUCGACACUUCAUAAAGUUAGUGAGACUGUAGAGCUGGAGUUUAAGAAGAGGACGCCUUAUAAUUACCUGCAAGUUGCUUACUUUAAGAUAAAUAAGCUUGACAAGGCCGUGGCAGCAGCAAAUACAUUUUUUAUAGCGAACCCUGACCAUAUAGAGAUGAAACAGAAUCUAGAGUACUACAGCUUGAUGGCCGGGGUACAGGAGACCGAUUACAAGGAUUUAGAGGAGAGACCGCACAUGACUGAAUUUUUGGAAGGCAAGAUGCAGUACAGUAUGGAGAAGUUCGGUCCAGCCAUUGAGCACUUUGAGGCGGCUCUUCAAGAAUAUUUCACUGCUUAUGAGGAGUGCAGGGUUCUCUGUGAAGGAGCGUUCAACUACGACAAUUACAUGGAGUAUAACGCCGAUCUCUUUCAGGCUAUGACAGAUUAUUAUCUUCAUGCUCUCAACUGUAAGCAGAACUGUGCAGUAGAUUUGGCUUCGACCGCUGGAAGAGAAAAACCUUUUGAAGAUUUCCUCCCAUCGCACCUUAACUACCUUCAGUUCUCCUACUACAACAGUGAAAAAUAUGAGCAAGCCAUUGAAUGUACCAAAACGUACCUUCUCUUUCACCCUGAGGAUGAGGUGAUGCUGCAGAACCUGGCGUAUUAUUCUGCUGUGUUGGGUGAAGAUAAAGCUGCCAACAUCUCAGCCAGAGAGGUUGUAAAGCAGCAUAUUAAAAGAUCUCUGUUGGAAAAAGAGCUUCUUUAUUUCGGCCAUGAAAUAUUUGGUAAAACAUUUGCUGAUCCAGACACGUGGACACCAGAAGACAUCAUGCCCAAGAAACUAAAAGACAAACAAAAGGCAGACAGAGAAACGGCAGCGAGGAUUACAGAAGAGAUCGGUAACCUGAUGAAAGAGAUUGAGACGCUCGUGGAGGAGAAGAGCAAAGAAUCAUUAGACAUCGUCAAGAUCGGAAAAGAAGAAAUCAUACCCGCACAAACACAGCCUAGCAUUGACAACAAACUCCCAUUUGAUGGCAUCAUUGUAUCCAUGACAUCCGCGGCCCUGAACGGUUCACAACGAGUCGUUCUGGAUGGUGUAACCUCAUACGAGGAGUGUCAGGGGCUUCACAGCCUCUCCAAAGCUGCAGCUCUUCAUGUUAAAGCGAAAGCUUCACCUCAUUCUCCGAGCGAGAUGUUUCAGGAACUCACAGUUCUUAAAGCUCUCCAGAUGGGACAGGAGGGUGUUGUUCCUAUGAAGAGUGCCCAGUUUUUCUUCGACGUGACUGAGAAGAUCCGUAAGGUUCUGGAGUCUCACUUCGGUCUGGAAUCUCCUCUUUAUUUCUCCGAUACAAAACUUGUCUGUCGAUCUGCAGUUGAAGAGAAACGUGAAGACGGUGAAGACGGCUGUCUGCUCAUCUCAGAGCUCAAUGAAUGCAUUAAAGAUCCAUCAGUAUUCUCACAUGGAGACUACAGUGCCAUUUUGUAUCUGAAUGAUGACUUUGAAGGGGGAGAUUUCUUCUUUACUACACUGGACCCCAAAACUGUCACUGCUGUAGUGAAACCGCAGUGUGGUAGAGUUUUGGCGUUUGGAGGAGGACAGGAGAAUACUCAUGGCGUGACGGCCGUAACCAAAGGUCAGAGGUGUGCUGUAGCGGUUCGGUUUACUCUGAAUCCUCACAACAGUAAAAAGGAACGUUCACAAGCGGAAGAGCUUCUAAAGACACUUUCCGUCUCUGAUGAACCUAACGUCCAGAAAACAGAAAACACCAAUGAGAUCUCCGAACCGAACAAAGCGACAUCUGAAACAUCAGCGCAAGAAGAGAAGACGAAAACACCUGCAGAAUCCAGCAAAACUACAGAUGAGCAGGACACCAAAGCAGCUGAGAUAAAGACAAAUGAAGAAGCUGUUAAAACCAACAAAAAACCAAAGGCCAAAGCGUCCAAAAAGCCAGCGAAAACAGAAAGCCAAACGAAAGCUAAAGCAGACAAAACAAAAAGCACAACAGCAGAGAAAAAGAAAUCCAAAGCAACUAAAACAAAACCAAAGUCAGAUGAAAAAGAAAAACCACCUGCCAAAAAGAAAGCCAAAGCAACGGUGAAAAAUACAAAGAGCACUGAGCCUCAAAACUCCAAAGAUGAUGAACACAAGGAUGAAUUAUGAGCUGUUUAAAAAGCAGAUUUUUUAUAAUUUUUUUAUUGUUGGAGCAAGAUUGUGUUUUUGUACAUCAGACUCAUGAAAUCAAGGCUAUGAAACUGGAUCGCUAACUUGUGGGUGACAAUCAAGCCGAGUGUAUUUUUAGUGUUGACUUAGUUUGUUUGAAUUCUCAGGAACUGACUGAAUAUUUAGGAAUAUUUCAUGCCCAUUGAAAGGAUAUGGCAGCAAAUCCCCAAUAAAAACAUGUUGUUAAAUUAAAA